UUAAUUUCUGAAAUAACUCAUGGCUAUGAUCACCAAAACAUCGAACUGUAAGACUAACCUUUCACACACACUGCCCCAUGGAAGUAAUAAUAACAAGCUUCGCGGUGCCUCAUGUUCUUCCUACCUGAACAGCGGUGAAAAGACUUUUGUACGCAAACUUGCGGCGUCGAGUCCUAUAACGGGUAGCCAAGACGAGAAUGUUUGCUCAAAAAGAAAGAGACAAGAAGAUGGAGAGAUUGGAGUAUUUAGUGCUGAGAAAUACUUCAACGGAGCAAUAGAUCACCGCCCGAGAAUUGUCAAAGUUGGUGCAAGAAACUACCUGUCUGUCAAAGAUCAUCCAAGAGUUGAAGUCACUAAGGUUGGCGAAUGGGUUGUUGAUAUAGAGCUCGAAACAAACGCUGAAAAUGGUACAGUUCAAGCCAAAACAAUAAACACUCCUGCAGUAAAAGAAAACUACUGUUUUAGUUUUCCAAGUACCAGUCCUGAGACCAUUAAAAUGCAUUCUCAAGAAGUUGAAGAAGAAAAGCCAAGGAAGUCAAUAAAGGUGAUUGAAAAGAAAAACAAGUGUUUAGGUGUCGAGUUGGGGGCCACUCCAAGACAAGAGGAAAUAAAAUUUUCAGCAACAAGUCAUGCUGAUAACUACUUUGAAAUCGAGAGUGAUGCAAGUUCAGAUUUGUUUGAAAUAGAAAGCCUCAAAGGGAAAGGCAAAGGUAACCCUUUUCUUGCGAGGCAAGAUUCAGAUGCUGCAUCCAGUUGCGUCACUCCAAUUGCUUAUGCUCCAAGAGAGGCCAGCAUAGAAUGGAGUGCAGUCACUGCCAGUGCAGCAGAUUUCUGAGUAAUGUCAGAAUGUGAAGAUACAAGAGCCGCAGUAAGUGCAACAAGUCCUGUAAAAACAUUUCCAAAUAGGAAUAUUAAUGCUGCUCAGUUACCGAAGACUAGACGUCCAGGUAUUUCGUUGGGUUGCAACAAUGAGAAGGAUAUUAGAGUUGCAGCGCAGGAUGCACAUUUUACAAGUCGAAACAAUAAUUAUAAUGAGCCAAGAAUUCGUCGAAUGUCCAUUCAUUUGCACCACCUGUGA